AUGACAAAUAACUCAAGAUAUUUGGGAUAUUAUAAUAACAUAAAUAGAGAAUAUUUAACAGAUGAAAAUGAUAGUCAUCCUGUACCAUCAGAUCAUACAGUAUCUGAAUAUAUUGUAGCUACUGACCAUGCUACAAUGAUGAAAUCAACAAAAAAAGACCAUUCAGACAAAUAUGAAAAGGAAGAAGGGAGACAAUUGCGAAAUAUACACAAUAAUCGUGGUUCAGUUUUAUCUGGAUCUUCAAGACAUAGUCUUCAUCCUCUCAGUAAAAGUACUUCACACGGUAGCAUAUGUGACAAUGGUUCAGAUAUAUAUGUUACAAGUGCUGCAUAUAGAACAACUUCAGAUAUAAGGUUCCACGUGUCACAUCAUAGUCUAACACCAAGUUCAAGAUUAGGACAUCGCGCACCUAGUCAUUGUAGUUACGGUUCUGCAAAAUCAGUAAAAUCUCAUACAUCAAGAAAAGAUGGUAUUAUUAUAGAAACCAUGUCAACGCCUAAUCCUUUUUGUCCAAAUACCAAAGGAGUUUGCUGUCUUAUAUUUUGGGACUUUUUUAGGAUUUUGGGAAUAGUUUUUCUUAUCUUUGGAUUCUUAACAUUGAUAGGAAGCCUCAUAUAUUGCGUACAUGUAUUUCGAAAUGCAAAACAUCCACAUGAUAUCAAUCCAGAGGAUCUUUAUUGGACUCGAUAUUGGCAAGGACAUGUAGGUUCAGCACCUGAAGUGUAUUAUAAGGCAGAAGAUAAAUAUCAUGAUGAUGGAUAUAGCGAUCAUUUGAACAAGUAUUCACAUAAAUAUUAUGAUCGACAAAGAUAUUAA